AUGCUGGCGGCGCUGCCGCUCAUCACGCUGCUCGUCGGCGCCGCUGCGCUGCUGCUGCAGCUGUGUGCCGUGGCGCUGCUGCUGGCGCAGCUCUGCGAGCUCGUCGAGACGCGCCCGCGCAGCGUGCAGCGCUGGGGCAUGCGGGCGGCACUGGCCAGCUGGGUGCUGCUCGUGCUUGGUCUGCCCACAGCGCGCCUGCUGCUCCUCGCCUGCCUCUCGCAGCUGGCACAGGCGGCGCUGCUGCGCCACACCCGCUGGCCCGCAUCGCCGCCGCUGCUGCUGCUGGCGGCGACGCUGCCGGCGGUGCUGCUGCAUCUGCUGCUCCUCUCGCACCACCGCCGCUCCCUCGCCGCAGACGCAGCACACGCCGCCCAGCCGCUCCUGCCCGGCGGCCGCGCGCUGUGGGACGCCCCGCCGGCACCACCGCCGCCCAUGACGGCGGCGCAGACGGCGGCGCUGUGCGCGCUCCUCUGGGCCACGCCGCUCCUCAACCUCACCGCCGCAUGCGCACAGAGCUGGGGCCUGCCUGCCGCACGCACGGCUCAGCGACGGGAGAAUUAG